UGGGUGGGGUUGAACAUUACAACAACUUCAUACAACGGAAAGCCGGGCCGGCAUAGUACUUUGAGUGUUGUUUUGUGUUUGUGGUGUGCCGUGUUUUCGUAAUUCGUUGCCUGAUUCAGGAUAUUCUAAAUUAAAAAGGACAGUGACAGUGAAGUGAUGGGCGCCAGACAGAGUAAGAGGUCGGUGGACAUCUCGGCGGCCACCAAGAAGGGUGAGGUGGAGGGCGGAGUGGAGGACGGCAAGCUGGAGAGGCUAGAGGAAGGUGAUGUGGUCAAAGCUACACAGAACGGCACCGCGCCGCACGCGGAGAAAGAGCCGUCCUCGCCUGUCACAGAGGAGUUACAACCAACAAUAAACGGCGACGCCGCGAAAGAGGAAGUCGUAGAGGAGAAGAAGGAAAAAGAAGAAACGGAGGCAAAGAGUGAAACGGACGAGAAGAAAGAUGAAAGCCUAGUAAACGGUGCUCCAGAAAGUCCAGAAGACAAGGACAAAUCCACAGACGAAGCAGCGACGCCGGAAGGCAAAGAGAAGAAAAAGAAGAAGGAAAAGAAGAAGUGGAGCUUCAGGUCGAUCAGCUUCUCGAGGAAAGACAAGAGCAAACCGAACGUGAACAAGGACGAGGCGAAGAACGGAAAUGUGACCAAAGAGGAACCAGUAGCAGAGGUUGUGGAAGCUGAAGCAGCGGCAAACACAGAAGCUCUUCCCAUCAAGGAUGACGAGCCCAAGAAGGAAGAAUCCGCUGAGAAGACAGAAGAGAAGAAGGAGGAGAAAAAAGAAGAAACAAGCACACAAGAAGUCGCUGCUCCUGCCCCAGUUCCAACCCCUGCUCCUGAACCUGUCACAACCCCUGCCCCAGCAUCUCCUACCCCUGCCCCAGCUUCUCCUACCCCUGCACCUGAACCAGAGGUAGAAGCCACCCCCGCACCACCAACAGUAGAAUCCGCACCUGCCCCUGUCGAAGAGGUUGAGGAGGUGCCAGCACCAGUCCCAGUCUCAGAGCCCGAGGUAGAGGUGCAGACUGAGGUAAAGACAGAGGAGUUGCCUCCACCUCUGCCAGCCAGUCCUCCACCUACAGAGGCUCCACCACCUACCCCCGUCACCACAACCCCUGCACCUGCACCUGCCCCGCCUGCAGACGACACUGAGACGGAGACUGACAAUGAGAUCGGAGGUGGAGGUGAGAGUAUGGCAGAGCCCGAAGAGAUCGACGUUCCGGCAGUCACUGAAAUUGUCACUGAGAAGGUGGAGAAGCUGGUCAACGGCAUCAGCGACCACAGCCACGAGUUUGUUGAGGAGAUCUCUGAAAAGGUUGAUAUUGUAACGGAUAGCUUCAAGAGCAUCGUUACGGACACUAUUAUCUCAACCCAGGUGGUGAACGAGACGUCUGAUGACAAAGAACAAACGGCAUCGGCCGCGGAGUAAGCUCUUGUGAUGACUUUCGCAGUGAUUCAAGCAUUUCAUUACAACAAAAAAGACUGUUUGUUUUAUAUUAAUAUUAUUUCGGAGUUUGUGCCUUGGGAAAAAUAUCACUGCCCAAGAUCUGCAAAUAUCAGGCCUAGACCAACACUGCGGCCGCACAACCGAUGGAGUGGAGCUCCAAACAAAACCUCACCGAACCGGUAUAGAUUAGGUUACAUAGUUUAGACGGUUUUAUUAUUAUAUUAUUAUUACGAUAGUCUUGUAUGAAAGAAACAAAUGUCCGGUGGAGUUUUGUUUGUCAGAGGUUAUAUACAAUUUUGUAAAAUAAUUUUAAAUAAAUUUAUUGUAACGCUUUUUUGUAUUAUUAGAGCAGUCGUGUAGCUUGGAGCAUCACAGGCGGAGGGGGAAAUAUUUUCAUAUAAACUGUUUUUACUUGUAGUCGUAGGGAGUCGGAGAGGCAACGGCAACGGCAGCUUGGCUUGGUAACUGUUCCGUUCAUUUUGCAACGAACUGUUUUCGAUGUUCCAUUACAAUGUUUUUGAGAGAUGUUUUUAAUGAGUCGAUAAGACAUCGUUGUAGCACACUGUAUGUAUAAACCGACCUUUAUCUUAAAUUUAUAUAAAACCCCCUCAAUCUUUAUAAUGUCAUGUGUGAAUGUGUUUAUAAAUUAAAUAUAGAAUGUUCAAAUUUUAA